AUGGCUAACUGUGGACCACCAUCCUACGCCAUCCCAUCCUGUGCCUCCUCUCCAGUGAUCGGCUUCGGAUCGGCACAUCAUGGCUAUGGUGGCCUCCACACCGGCUUUGGCUCUGGUCCCUUAGUUCAUGCCGGCGUGCCCUCAGCUAGCCUCGGUACGCUUUCCGGGGUGGAGCCUUCCUGUAUCAACCAGAUCCCACCAGCCGAAGUUCUUAUCCAGCCACCCCCUUCUGUCGUGAUCAUGCCGGGGCCCAUCCUCUCGGCUACGGGCCAGCCUGUUAAAGUAGGGGGCAACACUCCAUGUGCAGUUACCUAUGGGGGCCAUCCCGUUCGAGUAGGGGGCAGGUUCCGCAGAGGGAGUUUUGGCCAGUUGGGAGGAGGCUCCCUAGGCCAAGGAGGCAAUGUCAUCGUGGGCCGCAGAGGCAGCACCUGCUAUACUCCUCACUAA